AUGUUGUGCUGGCAGCCUCUGCCUCACCAGCUUGUCACCUCGGACCGGGACAGAGAGACCUCGGCCAAGCUGGCCAAGCUCCCCUGGAGGACAUUGGCACGGCUGGCUGCAAAAGGCCUGCUCUGCCCCACACAGCUCCUGCCAGCAGACGUGCUAAUCUUCCUUAACCUGACGUCUCAUACGUGGUUUUGGAAUACAAUUCAGAAUGAUUUCAUGAAUGGGAAUGUUGAUUUAGAGGGCUGCAGGAGGCUGCUUGAAAAAAUGCAAAUAAAAUUUGAUGAAGACCAUUUAAAACAUAUUUUCAAGAAAACUAUUGACAAACAGUCAGGAAAUAUUAUUAGCAUGGACGACUUCAGAGCAAUUUAUCGAGCUCUUGUACACAGGCCUGAAUUUGAAGAACUAUUCAAGGCUUACUCGACAGAUGGCAAAAUUCUACCUGACAGCCAGCUCCUUAAAUUUCUUAUAAAAGAACAAUUUCAAACUGAAGCUAAUGAAACAACUGCCUUAGAAAUUAUUAUGAAGUAUGAACCCAUUGAUGAAGUGAGGAAGAAAAGGCAGUUGUCAUUUGAAGGAUUUAUAAGAUACAUGAACUCAGACGAAUGUUCAAUAUUUAAAAGCCAGCACAAGACCGUCUAUCAAGAUAUGAACCAGCCAUUAUGUGACUAUUUUAUUUCAUCUUCUCACAACACCUACUUGAUAGCUGACCAGCUAAUGGGACCCAGUCACUUAUGGGGCUAUACCAGUGCUCUGUUAAAAGGAUGCCGUUGCCUGGAGAUUGACUGCUGGGAUGGCACCAACAAUGAACCUAUUGUGUAUCAUGGUCACACUUUAACAAGCAAAAUUCCAUUUCGCUCUGUAAUUCAUGUGAUUGACAAGUAUGCAUUUAUGUCAUCUGCCUAUCCAGUUAUACUGUCUCUGGAGAACCACUGCAGCCCUAAACAGCAGGAAGUAAUGGCAGACUGCUUGAAAAGUAUUCUAGGUGACAAACUUCUCACUACACCAAUUGGUGGUGCAGUAGAUAUGACUGAACUGCCUUCUCCUGAGGCAUUAAAAUUCAAAGUUCUGAUAAAAAAUAAAAAAGUUGGAACAAUUGAGGAAGGUCUGCUCAGGAUGGAUGCUGAAUAUGGUGGUGAGACAGAGGAACUGAGUGACUCUGAAUCUGAGUCUGAGGAUGACGACGCACAUGACACGUUACCUCUUCAGCCAUCAAGGAGUCCCACCAGAAGAAGAAGAGAUCAUAGACUUUCACCCCCACCUCAAAAAAAACCAAAGGUGAGAAAGGGAAAGAUUGCCCUUGCAUUGUCAGACCUCGUGGUUUAUACCAAAUCUCAGAAGUUUGUGAGCUUUGAGCAUUCCCUGCAGCAUCAGCAGUGUUAUGAAAAUAAUUCAGUUGGAGAGAGUGCAGCACGAAAACUUUUAAGAUCUUCAGCUAAAGAGUUUAUUUCACAUACUACAAGAUUUAUUACAAGAAUUUACCCCAAGGGAACAAGAAUGAGCUCGUCAAAUUAUAAUCCUCAGGAGUUCUGGAAUGUAGGGUGUCAGAUGGUGGCCUUAAACUUCCAAACACCGGGAACACAAAUGGAAUUGCAAGAUGGAAAAUUCCUGGACAAUGGUGGUUGUGGCUAUGUGCUGAAACCUGUAUUCUUGAGGGAUUGCAAUACCACAUUUACACCCCGAAAUGUGGGAGGAUACAGCAAACCAAUGUCUCUGUCAAUAAGGCUGAUCAGUGGCCAUCAGUUACCACCCAGCAGCAUCUCUAGGACCAACAAAGCUGACCCCACAGUGCAGAUAGAAAUCUAUGGUGUACCAGAGGACCAAACAAGAAAGAAAUCUAGUAUUGUAAGAAGCAAUGCUUUGAGCCCUAAAUGGAAUGAAACAUUCUCUUUUAACAUCCAAGUUCCAGAACUGGCAAUGAUACGCUUCUGCGUUCAGGAUGAGAUUUCUCUGUGUAACAACGAAUUCCUUGGCCAGUACACUUUACCUGUGAUGAGCCUGAAUACAGGUUACCGUAACAUUCCAUUGAUAUCCAAAGAAGGCAUCAAGCUGGAACCUGCAUCACUCUUUAUUCAUGUUUCAUAUUAUCGAUGAUAUUCUGCAGAAGAAAUCAUUAAAAUAACAUCUGUGGCUUUGCAACAGCCCCAGUGGCCUGAUUCCCAGAGAGGCACAUUCACAAUGAUUUUGUGAAGCCAGAGGGAAUAUUAUGGAGGGGGUAUCCCAAAUAAGGGCUGCUGUCCUUGGCCCUACUGCUGUUUUUCUGUAGGAGAAGACUGGGUCUGAGAAAACCUAAGGAGCCUUGAGGUGCACAGGUCCAUGGGACGUGAUGAGAAACAUCCACAGGUCCUGAGGAAACUGGCCUGAGCCGCGAUCCCUCACUUGGGAAGUCAGGGCAGGUUGGGGAAGUUCCCACUGAUGGAAAAAGUGGAAACAUAGCCCACAUCUGCUAUCAAAAUCAGCGUUGAGGGAGGUGAUUUUACCCUCCUAGUCUGCUCUCAGGAGGUCCCACUUGGGAAGUUGCAUUUAGCUUUGGGGCCUCCAACACAAGAAAGAGGUUGAUCUUUUGGAGAGAGUCUAGAGGAGGGUCAUGAAAAUGAUCAUAAUUAGCAUCUGUGAACUUAAAGGAACCACUCAUGUUAAUUAUUUAAUAUAUAAAUAUAUAUUUAUAGCUCUAAGUCUAUUCAAUGCAUGUAUUGACUUGAACCCCUUAUGCAGCAUAGGACUGCAAUGUGGGAAGACUGCUGAACAAAUAUCUGUGGCAUCAUGAGCUUAAAUAAAUCCCCCCUGAAAGCUCACACUCAAUAUAAUCUCUUUAUUCAUGAACAUCAGCUUCUCCCUCCUCUCUUCACACAAAUGACCAGUUAUAUCUGCCUCUUGGAUGUCAGAAUAAAAGAAACAAUGAUACAUAUUGUUGACAAAUUAAUGUCCUGGAUUAAAUGUGACAUUGUAUCAAAACUUCUAACAUUCUUUAAAAAACCCAAAGUAUUGAUUGGAUAAGAUUUAAUGUGAAAUUUGCUGGA